UAGAACAUUCAAGAAGAGAGGGAAUGGCAGUAGGCCACUGAGUCCAUAAAUAGUGACCGUCCUCUCCCAAAACCUGGCACAGGCGAAUCCUAUCCUAUUGGAAGAGAAGAGAGAGAGAGCGAGCGAGAGAGAGAGAGAGAGAAGGGAGAGAUGGCUCCGAUCGCAGUGGGGGAUUCGCUUCCGGACGGGACGUUGGGAUGGUUCGAUGAGAACGAUCAGCUGCAGCAGGUGUCGAUCCACGGCGUCUGCGCCGGCAAGAAGAUCGUCCUUGUCGGCGUCCCCGGCGCCUUCACCCCCACCUGCAGCAUGCAACAUGUGCCGGGCUUCAUCCAGAGUGCCGAGGAGCUCAAAUCAAAGGGCGUCAAUGAGAUCUUUGUUAUUAGUGUCAAUGAUCCCUUUGUCAUGAAGGCAUGGGCAAAGACAUAUGCUGAGAACAAGUACGUAAAAUUCCUGGCUGAUGGGUCUGGAGCUUACACCCAUGCUCUUGGCCUUGAGCUUGAUCUCUCAGGGAAAGGGCUUGGUACCCGCUCGCGGAGGUAUGCUAUCUUUGCUGAUGACCUGAAGGUCAAGGUUGCUAACAUCGAGGAGGGUGGAGCCUUCACCAUAUCAGGAGCUGAUGAGAUUCUCAAGGCACUCUAAGAUAUCUAUUUCUUGUCAGUUAACCGUACUUUCCCCAGUUUCUCAUGGUGUUCUGAUCAUCAGGGACAUUUUGAGAAUUGGUCUUUAAUAUGUGCUUUGUUUAGAGUUUGCAUCUCUGUGGUUGUAUCUGGGAUUUAAAGAAGUUGCUGUUUGUUGAAAUUUUCUCACAUAAACUUGGUGAAACAGGCUUAUCUUGAAGAGAUGAACUUAUUGCAAUCUUCACUCUGCCAUGCUUGUAUUCAAGUUCCCUUGGCUGAGCAUAUUGCAAUCUUCA